AUGGUCGCCGCCAAGACCCUCCUCGCCGCCACGGGCACCCUCGCCCUGGCCAGCGCCUCCUCCUUCACCACCAUCACCACCACCAGCACGGAGCCCGCCACCGCCGCCGCGACCAUCACCGCCCCCGUCGCCCCGCCCAUGCCGUACUCCGGCUCCGGCCCGACCGAGGCCAUGAUCGCCCGCCGCAGGGCGUGGUGCACGGAGUACAACGCCGAGAAGCGCCGCGCACCAGGCUGGUACGAGAGCCCGGACGAAUACGCCGGCGCCAUCGGCUACUGCGUCCGCUUCUACCUCGAAGAGUACAAGAUCAACCCGUCCAAGGCCGGCUGGAUCGAGGAGUCCAUGGACAGGACCGUCGGCCGCAAGGAAUUCUUGGUCGCCGACUUUGAGAAGAAGGGCAGCCCUGCCCCGACCGCGACGCCCACAGCCAACGUCGACGCCGCUGCCUCGAAGGAGGAGGAUCCCGUCAGCGAGGAUCCCGCGACCGAAGACGAGAUCCGCGUCAACACGGCCAAGAUGGCGGACAUCCUCAAGGAGAGCCUCGGAUACACCGACGAGCAGCUCAUGGAGCUGGGCUUCAAGCUCGGUGAGAGCGGCUUUUUUUUGGUGCAUGCCCCCGAGGAGAACUCCGAGGCUUCCUCUUCCCUUCUUUGGCCCCCCAAGUUCGGUCGCCUUGCCCGCCCUCUCGUGCCUCACCCCUUCCGCAAGCAUCUCGGCAAGGAGCCCGCGGCUAAGGGGCCCGUUGCUACCCAGCCCAAGGUUGAGAAGCCCAAGGUUGAGCAGCCCAAGGUCGAGCAGCCCAAGGUCGAGCAGCCCAAGGUCGAGCAGCCCAAGGUCGAGCAGCCCAAGGUCGAGCAGCCCAAGGUCGAGCAGCCCAAGGUCGAGCAGCCCAAAGUCGAGCAGCCGAAGCCCAAGGUUGAGUACCAGAAGCCCAAGGUAGAGGAUGAGCCACCCGCGGCUAAGGAGCCCAAGGGAAAGGAAAAGGCGAUCGCGGUCGAGCAGCCCGCGGCUAAGGAACCCAAGGGCAAGGAGCCCGCGGGUGAGCAGCCCAAGCCCGAUCAACCCAAGGCUGAGCAACCCAAGCCCGACCAGCCCAAGGCCGACGAGCCCAAGGCCAAGGACACCAAGUCCAAGAAGUCCAAGGAGGACGAGGAGAUGCAACACCACGACCACCCUCACGGCGGCCACCACGCCCACCCCCACCACGACGAGCACGACAAGGAGAAGGAGGAGGAGGAGAAGAAGAAGAAGGAGAAGGAGGAGGCGAUGGCGAAGCACCCCUACCACCCCGACCACCCCCACUUCGAGGAAGAGCCCGUAGAGGAUCACCCGACGCCGAAUCCGCCGAAGGUACUCCCCGAUCACAUCUAA